CUUCUUAUUUGGGUCAUCUGGGUUUUACUCAUAUCGUCUGCUUCUGUUGGUGAAUUUGGGCCCGGUUUUUUCAAUAGAGAAAUAAAGAAAACACUGUAAAUCAUUAUUUCUUUUACUUGUUUUUGGAAUUCACCAUUUAAAGCUGGUUUUCCACUCUUAUGAAUUAUUCAGUUUACUAGUUUGCUUUGAAUUUGGCCAUUUUUACUCAUGUUUUGGAUCAAAGGGUUUUUAAGUGGUCAUACGAGAAUUUUUUAUAAAUUUUUUUUAUCCAACUUGCAUAUAAUUGUCUGCCAUUUACCCGAAAACUUGUCUUCUUUCCUAAAUUUCAGUGUACUGCUGUACUUCCAUGUCUUUUCUGUGGAUGACACAUACAACCUAUCUUCCAGCUAACUUAAAUUGUUGGUUGUUGCCUUUGAUGGAAAUCUGUUGGAUUGGGCGUAAGUUAUAGCUUUUUCUUUCUACAUAACACAUAAGUACUGACUUCUUCAAAGCUUAUAUGAGGUCCAUGGAAGUUGAAGAAACCAGAUAUUCAUCAGGCUAUGGCAAACCUCCAUGGUUAUUUAGCGGAAGUGCUUUGUACCAACUCCAUCUUGUGAAGGCAGAAACUGCUCGAGCAUUCAUCCCAAAGGACUUCAGAUUAGUUGAAGCUUUUGGAUACACUCUUGGUGGAUUUUUCCUUGCUAGCUAUGAUGACAGUCCAGUUGGGGUUUUCGAUGAGCUGGUGGUGAUUGCAGGGAUUGUUUGGAACCCCCCUACAUCAUGCGCAUGGGCUGCUAAGGUCCUUGUGAACAGUGCUGAGGCUUGUGACCAUGGACGGAAGGAUGUUGGGCUUCCAAGUCAGGUUGCCAAGUUUUCGAAGAGAAUGACAGCAGUGCCAAGUACAUCAGAGGGUAAAUUCAAUGGCUUUCUAAACAUGAUUGGUUUGGGUAGGAAACUAUCUCAUGAGAAGAAUCUCAUGGAUAUUGAUGUGACUGAAAUUGAUGGUCCUGCUGCAACAGAUAUCUGCAUUAUCAAACUCUCUACUGAUGUUCCUCAACCGAAGUUCAGUGAGUGGAUGGGACCACCAAUAAAAAUGUCACUCCCAAGUUUUAGCGGAAAUACCGAGUAUAAUCCGAAGCUCUUGAAGUAUUGUUGCAAUCUUGAGUGCAGAGUACGAGCAGUGAAGCCGGCAAAAGUAUCGAAAGGGUCAGAGGAGGAAGGAGAAGAGAAUGAUAAUGUAAGCUUAUCAGUUUCAGUGAUGUUAUCAAAGCCUAUAUUGGCUCUGGAAUUCAAUUGUUUAAAAAUGCGAGUUGAACCUCCAACUGUAAUUUCCACAUCUUAAACUGCCUUCGUUUCUUCAUUCUAUUUGCUUUUAAGGUGUAUGAUGAAACCAUCAUCAUCUGUAUAUUCAUAUUUAAUCAAUCAUAAAAUUACCUCUUACCAUAAUC